UCCCGGGUUGGCAGUGCCACAUCGUUGCUCGUCGCAUUCACUCCGCAUCGGCAUCGGCAACGGCAUCUCGCAUCUCGCAUUUCGCAUCUCGUCGCAAAGUCGCAACUCGUCAGCGGGGCUAAAAAACACAACGCGCGACGACAACGACGACAACGACAGCAGCGAACAGCGGCUCAAAACCUAGACCAGACUUUCGACUCUGACUCUGACUUGGACUUGGACCGUGACUUAGAACCCAGCAGCAGCACAGUUGGCAGACAGCUCGUGGACAGCUUCUGGUCAAGUGACCAACUGACCCCAAAAACAAAAAAAAAACAACACAAAAAAAGAAAACGCUUUCGACCGCGGACCGCGAACAGCGAACAGCGAACUUGCGAUGACAGCGUGCCGUGCAGUGUAGCUUUAAGAGCACAAAAGCAUAAAUAAGUGAAACCCAUUUCAAUAAUUCAACAGCGACUACGACGAGGGAGUGAAAUACAAUACACACUAGAGUACUAAAUACUAGAGCAACUGCUGCAGAAGAAGAAGAAAUCGAGCAAGAAAUGAAACUGCUUUUGAACCCAAUCCAUCCACCAACAGAAAUCUAAGGAAUAAAUAUAAAGCUAAAGAGAAAUAUUUAAAUACAAAUAGUUAAACGCAUAAAUCGCACAACAAACUGAGCAGAGAAGAGACAACAACAACACCAGCAACAAUACCAGCAACAGCAACCAGAAGAAGAAGAACAAGAACAAAAACAACAAGAUAAUCAGGUACUUAAAUGAAUAAUGAAUCAAGUGAAUGCGAAAUGAAUGCCAGAGCUGCGAAGAGACAGAAAGCAGUCGAGUUGCCGCGCAGCAAUUGAAUUAGCCAAGAGAACGUGUGAGAGCAACAUCAGCAGCAACAACAGCAACAGCAACAACAGCAAUCCAAUUGGCAACACAGCAACGACAGCGAAAAUAAUUAAAUUAUAUUCAAUUUAAUUAAAUCAAAUAUAAUUAUUGUGUGGAAGCGAGAGAAAAAGGACAGCGAAACAAACACACACUCACACACACACAGGCGUGUAUAGGUAAUGGUCGAAUUAAUGGCCCAUGCUGUGCAACAGCAACAUCCACAGCAACAUGAAAGCAACAGCAACAACAACAAGAACAACGCACAAACACCGCAAAGCAUUUGGACAAAGCGAAAGCUGACGAGGGGAAGCAGCAAAACAAAGAAAGUGAAACUGAAAUGUGGCACACAAAACGCGACAGCAGCAGCAGCAGCAACAUCAGCGACAACAUCAGCAACUGUUGCUGCCAAACCGAGUGACAGAAGCAAAAAGCAUUUGAUAUUCUUCAAUUCCAUGUCAACGAGCACAACAGCAACAGCAACUGCGACAACAACUGCGACAUCUUGCAGUGUUGUCGAUGACAGUUGCGCUGUAGAUAUUGCAGCCACCAUUAACAACAACAACAACAACAGCAACAUCGACAUCAACUGCAACACUGCCAACAGCAACAAGAAUCACAAUAGCAAUAUAAGAACAGCAGCAACAACCAGAAGAAUAGCAGCGACAACAUGGACAGCAACAUCAACAGCAAUCAACGACAACAAAAUGAAAUCAUCAUCAUCGUCGCUGCUGCUGUUGCCAAUGAUGUGGUUGUUGCUGCUGCUGUCCAUCGCUGACUCGGGCGCCGCAUUGCGUCUAACCAACGGCGGCAACAGCCUCAGCAAAGUCGUCGGUGCCAACAAGGAGCAACUCAACAUCGGCCUCAUCGCACCACACACGAACUUUGGCAAGCGCGAAUAUCUGCGGAGCAUCAACAAUGCCGUCGCCGCCUUGUCCAAGGCACGCGGCAACAAGCUCACCUUCCUCAAGGACUACUCCUUCGAGCAGAAGAACAUCCACUUCGACAUGAUGUCGCUGACACCCAGUCCGACCGCCAUUCUGAGCACGCUCUGCAAGGAGUUUCUGCGCGUCAACGUCUCCGCCAUCCUCUACAUGAUGAACAACGAGCAGUUCGGCCACAGCACAGCCUCAGCCCAGUACUUUCUGCAGCUGGCCGGUUAUCUGGGCAUCCCGGUGAUCUCGUGGAACGCUGACAACUCGGGUCUGGAGCGUCGGGCAUCGCAAUCGACGCUGCAACUGCAGCUGGCGCCAAGCAUUGAGCAUCAGAGUGCCGCGAUGCUGAGCAUCCUGGAGCGCUACAAGUGGCAUCAAUUCUCGGUGGUCACCUCACAGAUCGCCGGCCACGAUGACUUCGUGCAGGCGGUGCGAGAGCGUGUGGCCGAGAUGCAGGAACACUUCAAGUUCACCAUACUCAACUCGAUUGUCGUCACGCGCACCAGCGACCUCAUGGAGCUGGUGAACAGCGAGGCACGCGUCAUGCUGCUCUAUGCCACCCAAACGGAAGCCAUCACCAUUCUGCGUGCCGCCGAUGAGAUGAAGCUCACCGGUGAGAACUAUGUCUGGGUCGUCAGUCAGUCGGUCAUCGAGAAGAAGGACGCGCACUCGCAGUUCCCCGUCGGCAUGUUGGGCGUCCACUUCGACACGUCGAGCGCUGCCCUGAUGAACGAGAUCUCCAAUGCCAUCAAGAUCUACAGCUAUGGUGUCGAAGCUUAUCUCACGGACCCCGCCAAUCGGGAUCGAAGGCUCACCACGCAGUCGUUGUCCUGUGAGGACGAAGGACGCGGUCGCUGGGACAAUGGCGAAAUCUUCUUCAAGUAUUUGCGCAACGUGUCCAUAGAGGGAGACCUCAACAAGCCGAACAUUGAGUUCACUGCGGACGGUGACCUCAAGUCGGCGGAGCUCAAGAUCAUGAACCUGCGACCCAGCGCCAACAAUAAAAAUCUCGUCUGGGAGGAGAUUGGGGUCUGGAAAUCGUGGGAGACUCAGAGGCUGGACAUACGCGACAUCGCGUGGCCAGGUAACUCGCACGCUCCGCCGCAAGGUGUGCCCGAGAAAUUCCAUUUAAAGAUCACAUUCCUCGAGGAGGCACCCUAUAUCAAUCUGUCACCCGCCGAUCCAGUGAGUGGCAAAUGCCUGAUGGACCGCGGUGUGCUGUGUCGCGUUGCGGCCGAUCACGAAAUGGCCGCCGACAUCGAUGUCGGCCAGGCACACCGCAACGAGUCCUUCUAUCAAUGCUGCAGCGGAUUCUGCAUUGAUUUGCUCGAGAAAUUUGCCGAGGAGCUGGGCUUCACCUACGAGCUGGUUCGGGUUGAAGAUGGUAAAUGGGGUACACUUGAGAAUGGUAAAUGGAAUGGUUUAAUUGCCGACUUGGUUAACCGCAAGACGGACAUGGUACUCACGUCUCUCAUGAUCAACACCGAGCGCGAGGCGGUCGUCGAUUUUAGUGAGCCCUUCAUGGAGACGGGCAUUGCGAUUGUGGUGGCCAAACGGACUGGCAUCAUCUCGCCCACUGCGUUCUUGGAGCCCUUUGACACGGCCUCCUGGAUGCUGGUGGGUAUCGUCGCCAUACAAGCGGCCACCUUCAUGAUCUUCCUGUUCGAGUGGCUCUCGCCCAGCGGCUACGACAUGAAGCUCUAUCUGCAGAACACCAAUGUCACCCCCUAUCGCUUCUCCCUGUUCCGCACCUAUUGGCUCGUCUGGGCGGUGCUCUUUCAAGCCGCCGUCCAUGUCGAUUCGCCACGCGGCUUCACCUCGCGCUUCAUGACCAAUGUCUGGGCUCUGUUCGCCGUCGUCUUCCUUGCCAUCUACACUGCCAACCUGGCGGCCUUCAUGAUAACCAGAGAGGAAUUCCACGAGUUCAGCGGCCUCAACGACAGCCGCUUGGUCCAUCCGUAUUCGCACAAGCCAUCGUUCAAGUUCGGCACCAUUCCCUACAGCCACACGGACUCGACUAUUCACAAGUACUUUAAGGACAUGCACUACUACAUGAAGCAAUACAAUAAGACAAGUGUCGCUGAUGGCGUCGCCGCUGUGCUAAAUGGCAACCUCGACUCCUUCAUCUACGAUGGCACCGUGCUGGACUAUUUGGUGGCCCAGGACGAGGACUGUCGCCUCAUGACCGUCGGCAGCUGGUACGCGAUGACAGGCUAUGGACUCGCUUUUAGCCGCAACUCCAAGUACGUGCAGAUGUUCAACAAGCGUCUGCUCGAGUUUCGCGCCAAUGGGGACUUGGAGCGAUUGCGUCGCUAUUGGAUGACCGGCACUUGUCGGCCCGGGAAGCAGGAACACAAGUCCUCAGAUCCGUUGGCCCUCGAGCAGUUCUUGUCCGCCUUUCUACUCCUGAUGGCUGGCAUUCUGCUCGCCGCGCUCUUGCUGCUGCUGGAGCACGUCUACUUCAAGUACAUACGCAAGCGAUUGGCCAAAAAGGAUGGCGGACAUUGCUGUGCUCUCAUCUCGCUCUCCAUGGGCAAAUCGCUGACGUUUCGCGGCGCCGUCUACGAGGCCACGGAGAUCUUAAAGAAGCAUCGCUGCAACGAUCCCAUCUGCGACACGCAUCUGUGGAAGGUGAAGCACGAGCUGGACAUGUCCCGACUGCGUGUGCGUCAGCUGGAGAAGGUCAUGGACAAGCACGGCAUCAAGGCGCCACAGUUGAGGCUGGCCUCAUCGUCCGAUCUGCUGAACCAUCAUCAUCUCAAGGAACGUCCGCCGUUGCUGGGAAAUCUCAGCCUGGCAGCCAGCGCCCAAGAUCUAUACAGGUGGUCUUACAAAACGGAAAUCGCCGAGAUGGAGACAGUGCUCUGAAGUGCUCUCGAUUGGAGUGAAUCACAUAUGGUUGGCAUUGCCACUAAUCCUAAUCUUAAAUAUCUAAGUCUUACCAAUAGUUAAAGCCCCAAUCAACAGCAAAUUAACAACAACAACAACAACAAGUAUUAUGCAUUUUAAUCAGCAAGCAAAUGAGCAAUGUUUUUAUCGGUUGUUCUGUUAUCGAUCACUUGUUUGUUU